UCGAUAGUUUCGCAGCUCUACAACACAUGCUUGAAAACGUAAACAACAUUUAGUUCUUAUUAAUUUUAAAUGAAAUAAAUGUUUUUGGAGCAUGUUUGUGCUGGCGGAGCUGAAAGACAAUGUGCGCAUUGCACCAGAUCAAUUUAACUUAAAGCUAGUAGAUGCCGUACGUGAUGAAAUAGAUCGCAAAUUAGCCAAUAAGGUACUGUUAAACGUGGGGCUGUGCAUAGCGCUUAAGGAGAUUGUUUCGCUGAAGGACUCGAUUAUAUUGCCUGGUGACGGCGCUUCGCAUACCGAAGUGCUUUUCCGGUAUGUGGUGUUUCGUCCCAUGGUGGGCACAGUUAUGACCGGCAAAAUACGCAACUGCAGUCGCGAGGGCGUUAAUGUAACACUCGGAUUCUUUGAUGACAUACUUAUACCACAUGCUGCACUGCAGCAUCCUUCGCGUUUCGAUGAGGCGGAACAGGCAUGGGUAUGGGAAUAUCCAUUAGAGGAUGGUGGCAAGCAUGAUUUGUUUAUGGACGUCGGCGAGCCUAUUAAAUUUCGCGUGUCUCGCGAAAUAUUCGAGGAGACCUCUCCGAUAGGCCCGCCAAAGACCGAGAAUGCUUCUCAAAACAAUUCCAGCACCUCAGCAGCAGCCACUGCAACAGCGCAGGAUGUCAAAACGCCGUACAAAAUCAUAGGCGCCAUUAAUGAGUCUGGCCUGGGCGUACUCUCCUGGUGGGAUCAGCAAAACAAAGAUGAGCAGGAGGAUGAUGAUGGUGAAGAUAAUACAGAAUAUGACGAUGAGGAUGGCGAAGGGGCCUGCGAAGAAUAAUGAAUUUAGACUAAGUUUAAUAAAUAUUUGUACAAAGUUAGUAUUUGAUCAAUUUUGUUAUUCAAGUACGUUUAGAAUUGUUUAUUUUAGAUUUUGCAAAUUGCAUUUGUUCAAUAUUCUUAACUUCAAGCAAUUAUCUUCGCUCUGUUUAAAAACAAACAUAUAUGUAGGUUUACUUCUUAUCUUUGGUAGCGCAGCUCUUAAGCUUUAACUGUUUGCUUUGGUUUAAAUAUAUUUAUGUAUAUAUUUAACUCUUUUUGUCGUUUGGCGACUUAGUUCUAGGAAGGGCGGCACAGGGACUUUAGUUUAUACCAUUUGAUCAUUGCACAAGUUGCAUAUGAGAAAAUUUUCUUUGCUAUUUGGGUUUUUAGCGUGCUUUCACUUUUGUCUAAUUUCUUUUAACUAAUUCUGUAUUUGUUAAAGAAUUGAAUUUGUUUGGUUUUAGCAUAGUUAAAGUAUGUAUGUUACAAUUAUUGACGUUUUCUAAGUGGUCAGGGGGGCUGCAAAAGUGAGCUAAGUUUAUAAAGCUGAUUAGCAAUACUGCAUAUAAAUAAUUUUAGUUUUUUUCAUGUCGGCCAUUUGUAAGGUAUUUCUUUGAACAAUAAAUUGCAUAUAUAUAUAUGUAGAUAUAUAGAUUUCUUUUGAUUUUACAUUUUGUUUGUUUUGCU